CUUUCAUCUAACCACGUACGAGUGUCGUGUGUUGAAGGACUGAGAUUAUGUUUUGGUUUGUUGUUGCAGAGAAAAGUGAUGACUUUGUUACUGUGGAUGAGUUGGUGAUGACUGAAGAGGAGGAACCAGCAGCAGCCACAAGAGGCCAGCCCAAGAAGAGAAGCAGACAAGCUCCUGUGAGAAAAUCUGUUCGAGGACAAACGAUGAGCAAAGAAACCAAAAGAGAGGAAGAAGAACAUAAUGCUUCAGCCGAACUGUGCAUUGUGGGCGGAGACACGUCCGCUCCGUCAGGUGACGUCCAGCCGGAGAGUCCGAAGACGGAGGUGGAACCGUGGAGUAAAUCUGACGUCGUCGCUGCUUCCAGUGAACUGGAGCCGCAGCCUGAGCCUCCUGGUGGACAGAAACCACCAGAAUGUGAGGAGGAGAAGGAAGAGCGCAGCAAGGCUGAGGUCAAAG